GGCAAAGAAGAGGGCAGGCAGUACAAUACAAACUGUGGGACACAAAUCCACCUGGGAAUCUAUAUUCCUGUUCCUGACACAAACCUUUUCCGGGACCUUCUGGGACUUGUGUCUUCUUGUGGAUACCUAGGUCUUAGCCAUGCCUCUCACAACUCCUGCCCCUUCUAACAAGAGGAAGAAGGCCAACAAGAUCAUCACUGACCUGUCCAACAUCAGCCAGAAUGAUGAUGAGUCAGACCCCGAGGCCACUGAGUUCGACCUGGGCACCAAGAUCAAGACGCCCAAGGAUGUGAUGCUGGAGGAGCUCUCCCUGCUCAAGAACAAGGGCUCCAAGAUGUUCAGGAUGAGGCAGCAGAGAGUUGAGAAGUUCAUCGUGACCAACGAGAACAUGCAGAACCUCCAGAACCUGCUGAUGUCCCCUCCCCCUAUUCCACCAAAGCCUGAGAUGCCAAAAGAAGAAGUGGUGGAGGAAAAAGUGGAUGAGGAGGAGGAGAAGGAGAGGAGGAGGAAGGAGUAUGUACGCACCUACAUAUCGCCAUGGGAACGGGCCAUGAAGGGCAACGAGGAGCUGACAGCCACCAUGAAGGCCUGUAUGCCGGGACCCAUCCAGAUCCACCCAGAACUGCCUCAGUACAAGAGCUUCAACAGGACGGCACUCCCAUUCGGCGGCUUUGACAAGGCGUCUAAGAUGCUGACCUUUGAGCUCCCAGAGAUCAACGUUGCCCCCGAGGAGCCGGAGCCUCUGCCCACCAUGCAGGCCGACAUUCGUUCACGCCCCUCGUUCAACCGCACACCCAUAGGCUGGGUCUGCAGUGAGGACAACUCACACAUCCACAUGGACCUGGACAACAUCCCCUUCGAUGGAGAGACAGAUGACCUGUGAACACGCAUGCAGACAAAGGUGUCCUUACACUUCAUGUAGCCUGGAACUUACAAACAUUAAAAGUACAUGAUCUAGAACUCACACACACAUACAUGAAGAAUACACCUUCAUAUAAGAGAGUAUCCUAAUUUACACCACAUACACUGACAACAUAAGCACUGUUAGAACUGCUGAGGCUCCCAUUAACACAUACUGAAAUGUACUUUAAUUGCAUGGAAAAUGAAAUGAACAAAAACAAUUUAAAAAUGACUUGAUGGAAAAGUAUCUCCCCUGGUCUCCUCUGUGUUUUCUUACCUUUUCAUCCUCAACUUUGAAUGAGUCUUACUAUGAUUUUGCAUUCUGGGAGCUACUGUGAGACCUGUGUGAACAGAAACAGAUAAGCACUCUGCACUCUUAAAACAAUGUAUUUAUGCAAU